GAACAACCGUUCCGUGUUGGUGCAGUGUCUUCCGUCCGCGAAGAGGUCGCCGUUCUUCACCCAGCAGUGUGCGAAGCUCGUGUGAAUGUUGGUGUGCGAGUGAAGCGUGAUACGAGUCAUUUGCUGGAGAAUCGCGACUUGUUGUCAGAUGAAGAAGCUGCAAGUUUCCAUACUGCAGACCACCCCAAGCAUGCCCUAUGAGGUGCAAUAAGCAAGAUUCUAGCUCUUAGCGAUUCCUCCUUCGGGAGCGAGUCGAGUGGGCAGAAUGUUGUACGUAUUCCACGUGGAUACUGGGACGAUGAGGACGUUUGACAUGAACUUGGCUUUGGAAAAUGUAGUGCAGCUGAAAGAGGCAAUUGAAAAAGUAUGUCAUAUACCAGCCGACAAGCAAGUUCUUCUGGUGAGUGGCGGAGACUGCUUGGACCCAGGAGUAAGAGUCUGUAGCUAUUCGGCUGGUACAGACACCAAUCCAAUAUUCCUGUUCAGCAAGUCUACAAUAGAAAGCAUGACGCCUCCAUCUCCCAGUAUCGACUAUGGUUCAGACAUUGACCUCAAAGAUCAGGCAGAAGCUUCUGUAAACAUGCCACAUUCUUACAACACUGUUGUGGUGCGAGCCCAGCUAGCGCAACAAUUUUAUGAGCUCGCUAAAGAGCAAGCGCGCUGUUGUGAAAGCCUAGUUCAUGAUCAACAUUUGCAGCAACAAGGUUGGGCAGCAGUUGUGGCCAAUCUAGAAGAUAUUACUGCAGCAUUUCGAAGCCGUACUGAAGUUUUUGACCAGACCUUUAAGCAACAUUUGGAAUCUCGUGAAGAAUACAUACAAUUGCUUCACAAUUACAAGAACGAUCUUGAAAUGUUAGCAAAAAUUCCAUUGAUCUCAGCACUUAUAACAGAGAAAGAGUCACUAACAAGCUCUACAACUAAAGAAAGUGAAACAAAGGAGAAACCUGUUGAAGAAGUUACUGAAAGCGCAAGUACGUUAGUCAGAAGUGGUGCUGGCAAUGAAGUAAAAGAGCAAGAAGAAAAGAUGAUGACAUUGUUUGAAUGGAUAUCUGCAAAGGACAAUCAAAGCAGUCUGGAACUCUUAGCUGAGCAAUGUAGCCACCAUCUAGAGCAGUUUGAUAGCCAUGUUGUAGAAACUCUAAAAACUGAGAUGUAUGCAGCUUUGGAAGCAGCUAACAAGACAGAAAUGAAGGAAAUAAAAGGUUUAGAAGAAAGACUUUUUGGACUAGAGCAGCUUAUGUUUGAGGCCAAGAGAAUAGUCCAGGAGCAAACAGAUUUGGCACAGGCAUUUUUGCAAAAUCAAAACCGUGCCAGCAACUUGGGUGAUCCAUCCAUAUUGCCUGAUUUAUGCACAUCACACAAGCGACAAAUGCUUGUUAUGUUGAAGAAUCAUCAUCAGCUUCGAGACAUAAAGCGAAGAUGUACACGUGCAAAAGAGGAACUUAGCACAAAUCUUUACCACAGGCUGCGAUGGGUUAUGUAUGUUGAAAAUCAUAUAUAUGAGGUGGAUAGCAAAUUUAUGAUUUAUCAUGAAAGCCUGAAGAGGUUGAGGCGCCAGUUGGAAAUAGUACGGCAGAUUCACCUGGCCCCACAAAUGUAUGUUAAGGCUGUAGGGGAAGUUGUACGCCGUCGAACAUUCUCACAGGCAUUCCUUGUGUGGGCAAGUGAUCUGGCAUGUCAAUUGCUGACUGUAUACAAUGAUGAAGUAGCAAGAAGACAGGAAUUCCAGAGACAAUUUGAGGGCCACUUUUUAAACACACUUUUCCCUGGAAUGGAGGACAUGCCCCCCUCAUUUGCAACCCAAGCACCAUCUGUUUUUGAUUCUGGUCUUCCAAAGCUAACGGUGGAUGAUGUUGAUCGCUUAAAGAAUGAGUUACCAGAACUGAAUAUCUCUCUCUCACUUCCUGAUCUUGGUGCAAUUACACAGUUUUUCCUGUCUAAAUCAGUCUCUGGUACAAUGAAAACUGAAGAAAAGGAAGACACUGCCCUUGAAGACAGACUAGUGAAAGUUGUAACCGAUGCCGGUCUUGCAAGUAAUUUGGAUCCAACUCUACUCCAGACGGGAGAUGCUGAUACUGUUGUGAGGGUGCAUUCUUCUAGUCCUAUAUCUCUUCAGGAACCUGCUGCUGUUAAGGAACCUGACAGGGGUUUUGAGUCCGAGACGGACACUGAAGAGUUUGAAAAAGUCGGCCAGAGCCCUGUGGAUUUGGGAUUUGACACACGGCAGACGCGGCCUGUUACCGGAGCCGCCGUUCAUUGUGAGCCGAGCGCAGAACAGGGACAUGAAGGGGAAAGUGGUUCGGCAGCUGCUCUCGAACGAGUUGCUACGCUGGAGGUUGGUGUCCGAUGUGAGAGUGCUGGCAGCGCUCACACCCUUCCCACACCCUCGCCUUCACCAGCACCUUCCCCCUGUUCGCCCUCAUCUGCCCAGCACCAGAGUCAGCUCCAGCAACAAGAGUUCACCACAACAGACUUUUAUAUUGAUGAGUCGAUGCCGUCCAGCUACACGGAGAGUAACAGUGCAAGGUGCCACUCCCAGGGCGCUUCGGACCUACGACGGCAGCUGGAAGACGUGAACACUCUGGUUGCCCUCCUCCAGGAGAAUCUGGGAAACACACGGGAAGAAGUGGAACGACUGCAGUUACACCUUCGGAAAGCUGGCACAUUUGUUGGAUCAUAUGCAUCUGAAUUGCGCAAUGAGCUAGCAGCGUUACGUGGUCUAGUUCUGGCGGAGCUUGCCCAGUUGUCGCACACUGCUAAUGAGCUUGCUGUAGCUGCUGCAGCCGACAGGGAUGGGGCUGUUCAAAGGCUCACAGUAGACCAUGAACUUGAGAUGGAAGCUCUUAGGCGUGACGCAGCAGCAGCGGCAGAUGCGAGGGAUGAAGAACUGCGUAGGGUUAGAGAUGAGUUGAGCACCAAGGAAGAAAAAGCAGUAGCAGCACAUUCUGAUCUUGUAGCUCAGCUUAGCACUAUGCAGGCAAAAUUGGAGACUGAAAUAUCUCAUCGACAAGAAUUGCAAUCUAAGCUAGAUGCCUUCGAGCUAGAGAAGCAGCGUGCUCUCAAGGAACUGUCUGAUAGACUGACACAUGAUUACAAGACUGAGCUGGAGGGUCUGCGUUCCAGGUUUAGGCUUAUGACAACUACUUCCAUGGAACGCAGCCCCAGUGACAGCAGUCUUGAAAGAAUAGAGCGUGCCGAUCUCGUAGAACUGGCAUACCAUGAGCAACAGAUGAAUCAGCUACGAGAGAAGUUGUUAGUGGAGAAAGAAAGUGCAGUAAAAACAGCUGUAGAAACUGAAAGAAAGCAAUGGGACCUAAAACUACAAGAGGAACUCAAGAAGGCACGUAGAGAUGAGGAGGCAAAGAAGCAGAUAACUUUCAAUGAGGUGGUAAGACAAGUUGUCCAGGAAAAAGACCAAAUGGUUGAUGAAUUCAGAACAAGGGAAGCAUCUUUAGUGGCAGAGUGCCAGAGGCUUCAAGAGACAGUUCGGCGGCUUACAGAAGAUACAGAUGCCAGAAGCCUGGAAUCAAAAACUGAUUCUGCUACGAAACCUCUGUUGGAUAAACUGGAACAACUAGAAACAGAAAAGGUGUUGCUGCAAAGGGAACUAGCAAAAGAACGUGCCCGGAAGAGCAGAACAUUAUCUGAAACAGCUCUCUCAGAUCUUAUCAAUGAGUCGAAGCCACCAGCCCCAGACAUGAGCACAUCUGUUGCAGUUAUGCAGGAUGUUAAAAGGAACCGUGAUGCUGCAACAAGCCCAGAUCAUGUUGAUAAAGGUGUUCCAGAGCAGUUUCUACAAGAAAAUCUGACUCGCAGUGCUAGUUCGUUAAUCCAACAAGGAAAAAUAAGUAUUGUAUCAUGCAAUGUUGGUGAUGCUGUGCUGGUAGUUUGGAAUGAAGUUCACCGUAAUUAUCUCAUUCUCCAAGAAACAUCUACUCUGUAUUUCCUGCAUCAAGAUUGCUUGGAUAUACUUGGCUUGCGUCCAAGUUCAGAUGGUUCCCAAAGGAGACUUUACUGCACAGGUGAAGUAACAGAUAAGGAAUACUGCCAUGCUUUAAAGCCUCAGAAUCGUUUCAACGUGCCUAAGGGGACCAAGUUCUUCCGAGUAAAGGUGCGACCAUUACCGAAGAUUGCAGCUCCUCGUUGUACGCACCAUCACCAGCACCAUCACCACCACCACCAUCAGUGCUCUGGUGGUUCCAGCUCCAGUUCAACAGCUAAAGAUUCAUCGCUCACCUAAUUAGUCAGAUAUGAUUUUUAUUUUGCACUUUCAGUUACUAGCAUAAAGCAAACUUCUCGGCAAAUAUGCGGUUAGGAAGCUUGGCUGUAUUUUAACAUGAUGCACUGCAAAGUUGGUGCUGCAGUAUUAUCCCUUCGUGUUAUUACUUUUUUUCUUUCCCAGUCAGCAUUACACAAUUUUUCUUUAACAAGAGUAAUGUUUUAUAAGUAAAAUAUUUAUUGUUGUUAGUGAUAUUAUUAUUACAUUUAAUAGUCCUGCAACUUUUGUUUUGUAUAGAAAUUGUGUAAUUACUUUUAAGAUCACUUUUAGAUUUAGAGGCAAAUGUCAGAGGCUGGCACUCUGAUAAAAGUUCCAUCUGCCCUUAACAACACAGAGUAACAGAACUCAUGUACCUUGCUUUAUUGUUUUCAUUUUCUUUCUUGAUGCUGAAAAUGCUGCUCCAAAAACUUUUAUUUACAAGGAAGUUAUAAUGUGCUACAUACUACUGUAUGCACUGUAACUUUCAGACUGUUUGUAAAUUGUGUGUAUAUACGAUCAUUAGCUAGAUAGGAUGUGUCAGAAAAAUUUAAAAUAGUGUUGUCCUUUUCUUAUGCGCUGUGUGAUUAGUUUAGCAACAUGUUACUUGACAGGAUGUUUUGGAUAACUUGAGAGUGUAAUCAAUACAAAUUGCUUGAGUAUUAAUUUUCCUAUGUGUACAUAUUUUGUAUAAAUUGUGAUGAUGUUGUUAAUAAGCAGUAGAGUCUUAUAGUACCUUAGUUGGAACUACAAACUCGUUCCUAGCUGUAAUUUUAUGAAGAGGACUUGUAUAUAUUUGAUAAAACAGUAAUUGUUUUCUGGUCUAUUAAUAAUAUUUUCCAGAAACUGAAACACAGGUACCUAGAAUAUGACACUUCGGUUUCUAGUGUUUCCUUCCUUGAUUUAGAUCUGUUUCCAAUAGUAUUUCUGUAACAUGUUUUAUGUUGACAGCAUUCAAGUAUAGAUAAGGUAAAAGUGUUCACGAUGUUCUUUAGGGUAUUAUAACAGUUUGUAGGGCUGUGAUGCAAAAAAAUAUACUUAAGCUAACAGUAUAUUCUGGUUCUUCAAAGAAUUGUCCUUUGGAUGUUAUCUUUGUGUUAAUAAUUUUAACUAUUUUGUAAAUUGUAUAGGCUCUUGUGUAAUAUUUGUUGAACCUGGCAGUGUACGGAAAAUAAACUAGAACUAGGUAAAACUUUCUUUCAGAAGUCUCCAGUUGUUGUAGUUUUGUAUUAAGUGAUUUUUAAGCUUGGCGCAAUUAUCAGUAAUUAUUAAGCGUGCAACCAAGCUUUGUAAAUACAGUUGUGCAAUAUUAUAUACUUAUAAUAUAAGUAAAUACUGUAGCAGACACACUUUGUGUGCAUAUGCAUGGCAUGUAUAUAGUGUUUGGAAAAAUAUUUAUACUAAUAUAUUUUUUCAUAUGCAUUUAAGAGAUCACAUAGACUUACAGAGCUUUUAAGUCUUUUAAUCAAACAUUUCUUCUUUUCCCCCAGCAAGGCUGUUUUGUAAUAUAAAGAUUUACAUUGCUAAUAACUCUUUUGAGAGGGCACAAAAUUGUUAUAAGGAGCUCACUUGUAAUGCUUGGGCAGCAGGAUGAUUUUAAUCAGUGAUUGUUUGAAGACUAAAUCUGUAAGUUAAGACAAAAACUGUUGUGCCUAAGUAAUUUUAUGAACCUUGUGGUGAAGUAAUUUAUAUUACUAUGUUAAUUUUAAGAUGUGGAUGUGAUCAGAACUGUGGAGGUUGCCUCCGUAUGUUUGUCAUGUUGCAAAUCUAGAAUGACGACUGCUAGUUACGUUUGCGUAUGUUUGUAUUUAAACACACGUUUAUUCAUUUGCUUGACUGUGUGUUAUUUUGAGAUGUUUGUGUGAUGUAAAAUCCAGUCCACUUUCUGUGGAAAUGGACUGUAUUAUGGAUCUUCUGGUCAGUAUAGUUAUUAUUUAUUGAACAAGAUUUGUAGGUUCCUAGUUGGGUGGAUAAUGAUUUGUGGCAAACACAAGAUUGGAAGAUCCAAAGAUAACGGCGCCUGUAUGUAGUGAUAUUUGCCUAGGUCUGGGUUAGUGAACCAGCUUAGUUUGCCUCCCAUUUUUAAUCAUAAAUGUCAUUAAUUUUGAAAGAUACAGUGUACGUCAUGUCACCCUUUGCCCUGAGUAAAUGAAACUGUACAAAUAUAGAAUAAAUUUUUUUUUAUUUGUUCAA